UAACAAUUAAGAAGCACGGAGUAGGGAUUUAGCUCGUAUUGUUUUUUGUUUAGCUCAAUUUGAAGCAAGCCCUUGCAUGGUGUUCUCACAGCAUACAUUUCUUCGAAAAGCUCAAACAGAUUGAAGAAGGUACAUACAGUACGCUCAAGCCCUUUACCAGACUCUAUACGUCGCCAGCUUCAUCGACAACUACCGACAGGAGCUCGCUACAUACCCUGCUUUGACUACAGGUACACAACAAGUACAAGCAAUAUACAAUAUUACUAGGAUUCAUGCUUGAGGAAAUACUUUUUGAACACAUAUCUUUGGCUAUAGACUCACUAUUUCACCGUUCAAAACCCCAUUCCUCAUCUCUCAAACACAGUGGCCACCAUGUCAUCUCCGAUGGCCUCUCCUGCUGCCUCGCAACAACCUUCUACAGAAACUUCGGUGAGCUUGUUUAUACAUUUGUUUUCUCUUAUUCAUCUUAUUUACAAAGAUUAUAUCUCUAUUUGUUCUUUUAUUUUCCGUAGACUUCUCAUCCAUCAAUGCAAGUGCAUAUACCAACAUGUGUCGCUGCUUGAACUAUUUUUUUGCACCUGUUUACGUAUUUAUAUAUAUAAAUAGAUUGAAACAGAUGUUCUCUACAUUGUCCUUGUGCAUUUGUAUGCUCCAAUACAUCAAUCUAUAAUCUGUCCAUGCACACAAAAAAAAACCUGUAAACAAAAACACACAUAGCUAGUAAUACAAAUUGGAAGCUUAAACAAAAAAAGGGCUGUCAUGCCCAUGCCAAUGCGUAUGAAUGUACAUGACCUUGUGUAUCUAUUUGGUUGUCUUCUAUUAUCCUUGUAGGAAGUGGAACAACAUCUACAAUUGACCCCACAUGCACUGCUCUGCAUCAACGCUGGGGAUGAUGUCCCCUCUCCACUGCUUCAGCUUUUGUCUUUUGAAAAAUUGAUAGACGAUGAAAAUGACAAUGCCCGAUAUAAGGUUGUUUUGUCUGAUGCCACACACAUGCAAUUGGCGAUCCUCCCACCUAAGUAUAGUGGUUUGCUGCUUUCAGAGACAUUAAAGAUUGGCACUAUCCUAUCAUUGACAGCCUAUGCUUGUAGAAAUGUUUGGAACUCAAGGUAUGGCCCUCUAUAUGUUAUGUUGGUUUCUUCUUGCCUUUUCAAAUCCCCCUUUCCACACUAUCCAGCUUAUUCAACCUCUUAUUUUGCUCUUUUUACAGGACUAUAAUAAUAUUCAGCCUUGCUGUCAAAUUUACCAAUUCUCCAUUGCUUGGGAAACCUAGAUAUCUGUUUAAAGAGCAAGAACAACAAAUGUUGGGUCGAGACGCACCUGCCACAACUAAACGAUCCCUUAAAUUUGGAAUUCACCUCCCACCUGUGCAGCACGAAUCUUCUGUUAAUAUCAGCCCGAUUAAAGCCUUGAACCCCUUCCAAAAUAAAUGGACAAUAAAGGGGCGUGUGACAAACAAGAGGAAGAUGCAUCAAUACAGUACACCAAAGUCCACUGGCCAAGUAUUUAGCUUUGACAUGAUAGAUAGUGAAGGUACUGAAAUUAGGAUAACUUGCUUUGGCGAUGUAGCAGAAAUGCAUUAUCAUAGGGUUGAACCAGGAACAUAUUAUACUGUGUCAAAAGGUUGCGUUAAAGAAGCUAACACUAAAUGGAAUAAGCUUAACAGCCAUCUUGAGAUAACUUUGGACAACAAUUCAAUAUUGAAGCGUUGUGAUGAUGUUGUUGAAUGUGAAGCAAAUAAUUCUCAAUUCACACCAAUCAAUGAAAUUACAUACUGCACCAACAACACUUUAGUUGAUGUUAUUGGUAUUGUAGUUGCUGUUGGAGAACCCUCAUUAAUUCGCAGGAAGGAUGGAAGCGAAGUAACAAAGAGAAUUGUAAAAAUAAAUGAUGCCUCAGCUUUUACUAUCGAUGUUAACUUAUGGGGAGAAACAUGGCAAGGGCUAGGUGAAGAUUUGAAGAGCAUGCACACAACCCAAGCAGCUGUUGUCCUUGCAGUCAGAAAUGCUCGUGUUGGUUAUUUCAAUGGAAAGGUGGUCAACACAACCACAGCAACAACCCUAAAUAUAAACCCUUCUAUACCUGAAACAGAGACACUUAUGUCAAGAGGAAAGAUUUCAGAUGCCCUUCUACCGCAAUCAUGUGUUGCUGGCCAGCUUAACUCACAGUACAGUAGAAUGACAAUCACAGCUGUUUUAGAGCGUACAAGUGUUCUCUCUGAAACAGUUGAAACUACUAUUAGGGCUGUUGUGAGAAUCAUUAAAACUGAUUCUUUUUGCUAUCCAGCCUGCCCUUUGAAAUUUAAUGGAAAAGAAUGUAAAAAGAAAUGCACCCAGCAAAGUGAUAAUCAAUGGUUUUGUUCAAGAUGUCAAACUGCUGUGCCAGAAUGCAAUUACAAAUACUUAUUGCAGAUGAAGCUCCAAGAUCAUACAGGGGCUCUUUGGGCUACUGCCUUUGACGAGGUUGGCACAAAUAUACUGCAAAUAUCUGCCAAGGAGCUUUACAUGCUGCAGUACGAUUUGACUACACAAAAAACGCCUCAGUCCAUUAUCAAGCAUGUCCUUUUGUCUUCCUUUGUUUUCACACUCUCUAUUACAACAGACAUGUACAAUUCAGAACCCAGGCUCAAAGCAACGAUAACCAAAGUUGCCAGAAUUGAUUACCAGACUGAAAAUGCUCUUUUGCUUGCAGAGAUUGCUCAAAUGACUACAACUGCAUAGUUCCAAACCAAUUGGAUAGUGAUGCUUUCCACGUGCCUUUUGAUCUUCAUACAAUAUAUAGCUUGUUCCUAGUUUUUAGUGGUCAUUGACAAACAGAACUAAAUUAUCAGUCAUUGUCUAUAUCGACACUAUCUAAAGUACUUUUUGGCCUGCCUAGGACUUUUGGAUUUUGACAUUGCUUUUGUUCUGUCAUGCUACCAAUCAUACAAAAAAAAAUCAAAUGCAGUUUCCCUUCUUUCCAGCUUAUUAUCUUAGAUCCUUUUGUACCUUUUUAUGUUAUGUCAUUAUUGA